AUUAAGUAAGGGGCGAAAAGUUCGGAACGUAAUCGUUGAUUCAUGACCUACUGGCGCCUACAAAGUUGCCCGAGCGCUCAUUUCAUUCCUCACUCCAAACCAUAAGCCUGAGCAUUAAACUUGACAAAUAUGCACUAGCAGCCAUCACUCUCUGACACAAGUAAGUACUUGUGGUCGAUACAAACUCAAGAUGAUGAUCAAUAGCUCCGAGGGUUAUGUUACGUGACUUGGACUAGCGCAUGACAACGCUAGCUAGUUCAUUCUCCAUCUGACACUAGGCUCAUUCUUCACACGUCAUGUUUUGAAAAACAUGCAUAUCCUCCUGCGACAAUGGCUUUCGAGUCCACUUACACGUACCAGUUUGAUACUGCUGUUUACAAGGGCGCCGUUACAUUCCCUACUCAACUGUUCAUCAAUGGUGAAUUUGUCAACCCCGUCAAUAAGGGGACGAUCGAUUUGAUCAAUCCGGCUACUUGCAAGGCUAUUGCCCGAAUUUCAGUCGGGGACUGUGAAGACAUCGAGCUCGCAGCACAAGCGGCAAGAGCAGCAUUCAAGGAACACUGGGGUUUGAAGGUGCCCGGGGCAGCUAGAAGCAAACUGCUUCACAAGCUCGCUGAUCUUGUCGAUGCCAACACUGACCAAAUUGCUGCUCUUGAGGCUCUUAACGUCGGCAAGACCUUUCACGCGGCCAAGGCACAGGAUUUGCCAAUUACAAGUUCUAUUCUACGCUACUACGCUGGUUGGGCUGACAAAAUACAAGGAAAGAGCAUUCAGACAACACCUGACAAGAUUGGUUUUACUCGUCACGAACCUAUUGGGGUAAUUGGUGUAAUCGUUCCAUGGAACUUUCCCCUGAGCACGCUUAUCAUGAAACUCGCCCCCGCACUCGCUUGCGGAAAUACAAUCGUAGCGAAGCCUUCUGAGUUCACGCCUCUCUCCGCACUGUUCUUAUGCACAUUGAUCCGAGAAGCUGGUUUCCCACGUGGAGUAGUCAACAUUGUACCCGGCUACGGUGACACUGCGGGUCAAGCGGUCGGUGAAAGCAUGAUAAUCGACAAGGUUGCAUUUACCGGGAGUACUCUCACGGGUAGGAAGAUCAUGGAAGCAGCCGCAAAAAGCAACUUGAAGAAAAUCAGCCUCGAGCUAGGUGGAAAGAGUCCGAGCAUCAUUUUCGAUGAUGCAGACAUUGAUCAAGCUGUCAAGUGGGCUAUUAAUGGGAUUUUCAUGAACCAAGGCGAGCUCUGUGUUGCGGGGUCCCGGAUUUACGUACAAGCAGGCAUCUAUGACGACUUUCUGCAAAAGUUCACAGAGAGUGCUCAGUGUCUUUCUGUGGGUGAUCCAUUUUCCCCGGGCACGUUCCAGGGGCCUCAGAUAUCUGAGAGACAAUUCGAACGUGUCAUGGGCUACAUCAAAUCCGGCCAAGAGGAAGGUGCAACUCUUCGCCUUGGUGGCGAACGGCAUGGCACAGAAGGUUAUUUCAUACAACCUACGGUCUUCACGGAGUGCACGCCCAACAUGAAGAUCGUGCAAGAGGAAAUAUUUGGUCCAGUAGCAGCAAUUAUGAAAUUCUCCGCAGAGGAAGAGGUGAUUGAACAAGCAAACAAUACUACGUAUGGGCUUGCGUGUUCGGUUUAUACAAAGGACAUCAAUAGAGCAAUGCGUGUUGCAAGCAACAUCGAGGCAGGCACCGCGUGGGUAAAUUUCACUAAUUGGCCAGACCUCGGAUUGCCAGUUGGUGGAUUCAAGCAAUCUGGUGCAGGUAAAGACCUGGGCGAAGAUGCUCUUGAGAACUACACCAAUAUUAAGGCAGUGCACAUCAACAUUGGCAUUAAGAUCUAAUCCAGCAAACUCAGGCAGUGUGCUCCAAUACCACACCUUGACCGCAUGACCCCCGGACCGUCAUAGAUUAGCGAAGCAGUGAACGAGGAAAUGUUACUAGCCAAUAAAGAUCAUUGCUGAGCUCACUGUCUCCACUCCGAGAUUGAGCUUCUGUUGAUGUAAUGUGCGUGUCCUUGCCCCGAGGAUCAAUUAGUGCUGGUUCUACGACGUAAAAGCCCGGGGUUCGUGUGCCUUCUAAG